AUGGGAGUUAUGGGCUGGCAAGUAAAGGAAGUACGUGAUCGGCAGUGGGAAUAUGAGGGACGUCAACUUCCAGCUACGGGAGGGAUCGACGCCUAUCAAGCACGAUUUCCUGGUCUUUACGCGAUAUACACCGAAACACCUGAGCGUAGAAGAAUCAACGCUAUGUUUGUCAUUGUCCUGAUCAACUUAUUUCUGGCAUUUGUACAUUUCUUCAUGUCAUUUGCUUUACUCUAUGGAGCAGUGAAGGACGUCUUCAACGAGCAGUUAACCAUGUCUGUAGCUGAGUUUGUGAUGUCGUUGGCUGUAAAUGGAAUAUGUCUUGUCGUUGUGAUAUUCUUCUACUACAGGUUGGCAGGAAAGUUGACGUCGGACAAGCCAGCUCGCUGGCGUGGACGGCCAGACAGAGGAGUCUAUCUAUUUUAA